AUGAACAAAUAGCCUACUGUUUUUGAAAAGCUUGGAGGAUAGGCAGCUAUGCAUGCAGCUGUUCCCCUUUUCUACAAGAAAGUCUUAGCAGAUGAUAGAGUCAAACAUUACUUUAAAAACACUAAUAUGGAACACCAAGCUAAGUAAUAGGAAGAUUUUCUUACUAUGCUUUUAGGAGGACCCAAUCAUUAUAAAGGAAAAAACAUGGCUGAAGCUCAUAAAGGUAUGAACCUUUAAAACUCUCACUUUGACGCUAUCAUUGAGAAUCUUGCCGCCACACUUAAAGAAUUAGGAGUUAGCGAUUAAAUUAUUGGUGAAGCAGCCAAGGUCAUUGAACACACUCGUAAAGACUGUCUUGGAAAGUGA